AUGAAGAAGUUCCUAGGCGUUGUGCUUUACUUUUUCCUCCUAAACAAAUACUCAGAUGCAAAAAAUGGAAACCUGCGAACCAGUGAUGUGAAAAAUGAACAAGUUGAAAAAAGGAAAAAAUCUGCGAGUGGUUGGGUCCCUUAUUAUUUACCCCCCAAAGGGCAGACUACUACACCGAUUGCUCUCUUGGCUGCCCUUCCAGAGAAAACUACUUUUAGGGGGUCAGCCAACGUACGAAAGGAUGUGAAAGAGGAAGGUGAGCAAAAUGUGAGUGGCUUACCCCAAUCGGGUGAAACCAACGAUACAGAUUUUCAAUUUGAGCUUCAAAUAGUGGAUGGCGCAGACCACUCGACGGAAGCGCAACUGGAGGGGGGGUCCUCUCCAGCUGAUGCUGUGCAUGGGGUGGAGCCAGCUGGUGAGGUGGGGGAAGCACCGCUCGAAGAAGCGGUUGAACAUGCUGCAGAACAUGCGGCUGAAUUAGUAGCAGAGCUGGUGGAAGAACCCCAGGCUGCCCCCGAUGCUCCCCCCGCUGCUGAGGAAGCACAACCCCAGCCCGUGCAAGAAGCCGACGAGGUGUCAGUUGAAGAGAAGCAAGAAGGGACACCUUCGGUGGCUGAGCAGGCCGUAGAUGAGAGUGUUCCAAGCCAGCCAGCAGAUGAGAGUGUGCCUAGCCAGCCUGAAGAUGCCGAUGUGCCUAGCCUGCCUGCCGAUGCCGAUGCGCCUAGCCUGCCUGCCGAUGCCGAUGCGCCUAGCCUGCCUGCCGAUGCCGAUGCGCCUAGCCAGCCUGAAGAUGCCGAUGCGCCUAGCCAGCCUGAAGAUGCCGAUGCGCCUAGCCAAUCCGCAGACGCCAGCGCGCCUGAGCCCGACGAAAGCAACGGCAGCGAAGUUGACACCGUGGAAGAAGCAGGCGGAAAAGAAAACUUUUACCAUUUAGAGGAAGAUGAGGAAGAAGAGGAAGAGGAAGAAAUGGACGAUGAUGAAUUCGAAGAUGACUACGACAUCGUAAUGCAUAAAAUAAAUGAGCACGAAGGAGAGAAGACCCCUUCGGGCGAUAACCCAAAGUAUUUGACCCGAGCGGAUAUAAUCACCAUGCUUGCCGUGCGAAACAUGUUAAGUUCGUUUAACUAUGACUACGCAGUUAUGGACUUCCUCACGGGUUUUAAUCCUGGCGUGAUUGGCUCCUUCUACGUGUUUUGA